CAGGUGACCGAGAGGAAGCAGCAAGCAUCCUGUGGUUCCAGUGGCUUCCAUCUGCCACCUUCUAGGGGAGGGACAAACUUCCAUCCACCCUAGACAACCAGAACGUGCAGGGCCCUGAAUGCCAGGAUGGGAAUUUAAUCUAAUUAAACUUCAGCAAGGGGCUGAGGGACAGCUUCAUGCCAGGCACCGGGAAAAACUCUUUACACACAGGAUUGCCUUUGCUUUCAUUCAAUCCCUGCAACAUGUGUGCAAACCUCCCACCUGGCAUCCUGCAUGUGUCCAGCAACUCCCUGCACCUGGGCACUAAUCACGCAGGUGGGCUUGGCAUCCUCACAGCCUCUGUAGCACAUGCCUUCAGGGGGAAGAGAGCCGGGGACUCAGGAGACUCGAGGCAUCUCCAGAGUCACAGCCUGAAGACGGAACCCCAUGCUCUCCUGGACAUAAAAGCCACACAGUCCCUGGUAGACAGGAUCUGCUCCAAGCAUUUUCCAAAGCCGCAGGGGCUGCUUACAAGACUCUGCCCAUCACCCCCAACCUGGCUGAGCUGGGACCACAUCGACGCCUGGCCUGACUCUUCUACCAGGAUGCCCUCCAAGACCAGCACUGAUGCCUGAGCCCUCACCAGGGAGACUGGGGGUGCCCCUAUGCGGCUGCUGCACCUGAUGUUGGAAACGGAGGCUCCAAAAACAUAA